UGGUCGGUCAAAUGUCAAAAAACUUUUUUGCGAUUUAAAUAAUUUUCGACCAUGUAAGCGAGGUGCUGUAGGGAUUUUUAAAUAAUCGACGUCAAAUGAACUAACCUAGUGUAGGAAAUAUUUAAUUUUUUUAUUCAAGAACCUACCUACCAUAGGAUGGUUUAAACAGUGAAAUAUGGCUGAAAAGUUAGGAUUAGGCACUGAGAUUAGAGAAUUAAAGAUUGGACAAAGUUUUGUUAAUCCGAAAUCGAAAGCAUUUCACACAAUGAAAUAUGAUUUCAAACCAGCUUCAGUUGAUACUAAUAAAAAGGCCACUGUAGAAGUUCCUGGAGUUAAUCAAGUUACUGUUACAGUUCCUCAUUUAGAUGGAGCAGGUAUUCCACAAACAGUGUUUAAAGGCUCUCAAAAACCAUAUACUAAAGAAUGUGUACUCAUAAUAGACAGGGUUACUGGAGAAAUCACUUUAGAAAAAUUAAGUUGUAAUAUUCAAGUCAAGAAAACUAGGAGUGAAUAUAACAAACCUCAUAUGUCAAAAGCUGAUAGGUUAAGUCAACAAAGCAAUGACAGAUCUGGUGGUAGUAGUAUGCCUUCGAACAGCUCCUCAAAACAACAACAGAGUCUCCCAAUGCGAUCUCAAACACCUCCAGGAGGUACAAACUCCUCGGCGAGCGCCGUCCACGGGGGCGUAGGUCAUCGGGUUUCGAACAAGACGAAAGUCGCCAGCGGCAGCCGUCGAGGAGCCGAUAGACAAAUUACACAUUUGGUGCCAAAACAUUCGCCGCUGCAUGCGAGUCCCAGUUACCCCUCUCCCGGACAUCCAGUCAAGAGUCCAAAGAGAGAUUUGCACAAUAUCGCUAACGAAUCACAUAAUCAUAGUACUCUUGCCAGCCUUCCGAUGAUAGGCAUAGACGACUUUUCGGAUCUUAGGCCUCCUUCUAGAAAUGCUCACAGCUCGUCUGGUAUGCACAAUUCCAGAUCAUCUCAAAAUUCGAGCAACCAGCGACCACCUACGGAAAAACGGCCAAAUCCUACUCCAGUGCCCACUGUAAAGAUCGACAACGGCGUUGGAGUGAUGAGCGACUCUUCGUCAUCGAGUAGCGGCAGCGAUUCGGAUAGUGACGAACCCUCCACAGUAGUCAAUCCAACAAUGUUUAAUAACGCUCCAGCUGGCAAAACGAACGGCUACAGCAACGGUAGCAACAACGCUCCUAUGAAAAUUGACACGAGGUUGCUCAAUGACGAUUUGUGCCUGUCUGAAAGUGGGUCCGAUUCAGACUGAUACGUUAUAGAGGCUUUUAUGAUGUUCGUUCCGUGUCUUUUGUGAAUAAGCCGAUUUGGCAAAGUUUAUAAGGUAACGAUAUUUAGUAUUUGUAAUAAAAUAAUAUAUAUGUACUAUAUUUCCAGAAAUAUAUACUGCAAGUGAUA